AUGCCAAUGGAAAAGAAAAUUACACCUCCCACUAACAUUAUGGAAAUUGUUUGGCUUUUCGUGCACGAGUAUUAUGCUUACAGCCCAGCCAUCUUCACUGUUUUUGUGGAAAUUAAUGAAAAAAUUGAAUCAUUGAAAUAUAAAAAUUGUAAAGUUACCGUUACAAACGUGGAUUGCCAAGCAUCGAAUGAUAAUGGAAUAUUAAUUCAAGUGGUGGAAAGCCUCAAAGAUUACCCCUCUUCAACAUCUCCAGUUGAAACUUUGGUCGAGGAAGAUAUUGGCAAAUCUGUUUUCUUGGAAUCUAUUGAUGGAUCUAUCUCUUCCACCAAAACUGAUCAAUCAAUAAGAUCAUCUUCUGUCUCAGAACAACAACAACAAAAAUCAAUUGUUAAAUCAAUCACUCCUAAUUCAACCACGCCACCUGUUAUCCAGCAAAGCACCUCAUCUGCUCAAACUAUUCCUAAUAAUACUACAACCACUACCAAAAGCCAAAUUAUCAAAUCACCCGUUCCUAAACCUUCAAUACUACCUGUUACAACAACACAACCAAUUAACAAUACUAAUCAGCCAGCUACUCAAAUAAAUAAUGAACAAUCAUAUUUACGGCAUCAGCUACCAACGCAAAACAAUAAUAAUGUACAAGUGGAAAGGCCUGAUCAAAAACAUAUAGAGUCUGUUCAAAAAAAGAAUCCAGCUGAUUCAACUUUAUCUAUUAAUCAAGUCACUGACAAAUCUGUUGAUAAGAAAAAUAGCAGCGACUUUAACCAACCACAAAAUAACACUAAUCAAUCAAUUGAAAAUCCCAAAGAUACCGAUCAAAAACAAUUAAAUGAUAGUCAAGCUGGACCUAAAUUGCCGACUCCUCCAGUCAAAACAUGGACGAGCUUAGCAGCAAAUGGAAUUGACAAGUGGAAGAAUGAUUUGUUAUAUGACAACACCAAAGGACCUUUAUCAAUUGCUACGAUAAAACUUCAAAACAGACCAUCACAACAGCAACAAAUCGUGAUAAUAAGGAAAACCAUGAACAUUCCCAAGAUGAGAAAGGGCUCGGUGUUCGACGUGUUAGCGGUUAAAACUGGACUUUUAAUUUAUGUUAAGAAUGUUAAAAAUGGUACGACUUGUCAUUUAUUGAAAAGUAAAUUUUCAAAAUUUGGUAAAGUUAAACAUCUUGAUGUUGUUCCCACGAGUAGGCAUACUAAAAUGCCCUCAAUGCAAAAACUUUUGUGGAUGAAUACAAUCAACCUUUAUAUUGAAGAACGUCGACCAUCCCAACACAAUAAUAGGGGAUAUAAUCAUCCUACAAGCAGACUUUGGCAAUCCGAAAGAACUUUAAAAAAAUCAAGUUUAAUCUAUCCAAUUUUUAUAACAGAUAUAGCUGAUGCUGAAGAAGAAAUAAGUUCUUUGCCUGGUCAAAAAAGAUGGGGAGUAAAUAAACUUGAAGGAUUUAUUGGGCCAUUAGUUAAAAAAGGUUUGAAAUCUGUAAUGUUAUUUGGAGUUCCUACUAGCGGAAAGGAUGAAAUUGCUACGAUAGCUGAUGAUGAGAAUGGACCUGUAAUUCUUUCGGUGAAAUUACUUCGUGAAAAAUUUCCUGAAUUAUUUAUAGUGUGUGAUGUUUGUCUUUGUGAAUAUACAAGUCAUGGACAUUGUGGAUAUUUAAAUAAGGAUGGAACUAUAAAUAAUGCAGCUAGUGUUAAACGAUUAGCUGAAGUUGCAACCAAUUAUGCAAAGGCUGGUGCGCAUUGUGUGGCACCAUCUGAUAUGAUGGACGGAAGAAUUAAAGCUAUAAAAGAAUCAUUGAUAUGCGAAGGUUUAGGCAAUAAAGUUGCUUUAAUGAGUUAUAGUGCUAAAUUUGCUAGUUCAUUCUAUGGACCUUUUAGGGAUGCGGCAAAUUCUGCACCUACAUUUGGUAAUCGUAAAUGUUAUCAACUACCACCAAAUUCACGUGGAUUAGCACGCCGUGCAAUCAUACGUGACAUUGGUGAAGGAGCUGAUAUCAUAAUGGUUAAACCUGGAAUGCCAUAUUUGGAUAUACUUCGAGAUGCAAAAGAAAUCAGCGAAAAUUUGCCAGUAGCUGUUUAUCAAGUUUCUGGUGAAUUUGCUAUGAUCUGGAGAGCUUCUGAAGCAAAAGUUUUUGAUCUUAAAGUCGCAGUAUUUGAAAGUAUGGAAUCUUUCUUAAGAGCAGGUGCAAAUAUAAUAUUAACUUAUUAUACUCCACAACUUCUUGAAUGUCUUAUAUUAAAUGUUGAUGACAAUAAUAAAGAUGAUUUGAUUGUCAUCCAUUCAAAAACAAAACAUGUGGAAACACAAAGGAUAUAUAUUCCAAAGAAACCAAUAGCUAAAGCUAUUUUAUCUGGGGAAUAUGCUAAAAAUAAGGAAAAAGGUGCCAGAUUGGAGGAG